AUGCUUCCCUUCCUCCUAUACCUUCUACUUCCAGUUUUAAUCCAAUCCUGCUUGGUUAUUAGAUACACUGAGCCGCCAAAAUGCGAAUGUCAAUGGGUUCCACUGGACAAAACGAACAUUCAAAGUUUUGUGAGCGAAAAUCCAUUUUAUACCGAGAACGUUACUGUGUAUCAUUUAUAUUCUUUGUUGUUCCCUCCCGUCUCUACUCAAGAUGACUGUUCUUUAUCAAUUUAUUGUGACACCGAAGGAUUGAGUCUUGUUGUUAUGACUAAGACAUUUGCUAUUUUGUUUGGCGCCUACUCUGCGGACGCCCUCUGUAACCCGUAUACUCAAAGGUGGCAAGUGGAUAAUGGGGCAGAGCUUGUUACCUAUGAUGAGUUGUAUGCAGUUUGCAUGGAUUACAGAUUGAGCACUACGCCAGAACUACCAGCUCGUACAACGGGAACACCGCCACCAGAGAUUAUUCCUUUCAGAAGUGCAGUUAAUAAGUUUUUGAAUUGGUUCUGGUAA